AUGGCCGAAAAGCCUUCGGUGUUGAUCAUUGGAGGGCUUGGCUAUAUCGGCCGCUUCCUGGCCCUCCACAUCCACAAAAAUGAACUCGCCUCCGAGGUGCGACUCGUCGACAAAGUUCUUCCUCAACUCGCAUGGCUGGCUCCCGAGUUCUCCGAGGCCUGUUCACAGGACAAGUUUAUGCAAGCUGAUGCCAGCCGACCUGAGGGACUAGCGAGAAUCUUUGACCGCCCGGAAGGGAAGCAAUGGGACUAUGUCUUCAACUGUGGCGGCGAGACGAGACAUUCGCAGGAGGACGAAGUUUACAAACUGAGGUCGCUGAACCUAUCUAUCGCGCUAGGCCAGGAGGCGGCCAAGAGAGGUGUCAAGGCCUUUGUUGAGCUGAGCUCGGGUAUGGUUUACAAGUCGGACUCGUCACCGAGCAAGGAAGGAGACAAGCUGAAGCCUUGGAACCGGAUCGCCGUCUUUAAGCUGCAGGCGGAGGAGGAACUCUCAAAGAUCGAAGGCCUCAACCUCGUCAUCGUACGCUUACCACACGUCUACGGGCCAUAUGCUUCCCAGUGGGUUGCGACAGCCUUGUCCAUGGCCCGCACGUAUCAGCACCUGGAGGGAGAAAUGAAGUGGUUAUGGACCAAGGACCUGCGCACCAACACGGCGCACAUUGACGAUGUUACGCGCGCCUUGUGGAUGCUCGCGGCCUGGUACGACGCGGGCAAGGCGGGUUGGGAUGAGGGCAGCAUGGGUAAGAUUCCCAUCUUUAACAUCGUGGACGAUGGCGCGACGAGUCAGGGCACCAUCGCAACCAUUAUCGGCGAGAUCUUCAAGAUCGAGACGGGAUUCCAGGGUCAGCUCAUCAGCACGUUUGCGCGACUCAACCUGGACAGCGUUGUGGACGAUGUCAACGAUGAGCUUCUGGGACCUUGGGCGGACAUUCUUGCCGACGCAGGGAUCACGAGACCAGGACCGUUAACGCCGUUCAUGGAGAAGGAACUCCUCAAGGACACAGACCUCAGCAUGGAGGGGAGCCGACUCAAGACGUUGUUGGGUUUCGAGUACAGCAAGCCCAAGAUGACCAAGGAGCUAUUGGAAGAGGUGAUUGAGAGUUAUCGGAGGAUGAACUGGUGGCCUUGA